AUGCCUAAAAAGAAGCAAGAAAUGUCUCAGGUGUACAGUCAGAACAACGAGUUCAUAUUUGGUGAGAAGGGCGGUAAGGGGAAAAACCUCCUGUCAUUCCUAAAAAAUCUAUCACUUACCGGGAGUCCCAACUCUCUGCUGCGUCAAGGAAUUAGAGGGGGUGAUGCAGAAAGCCUACGGGAGGUCAACAGUAACAUUUAUGGCAACUUGUCGUAUGGCAUAGGCGCUCAAGAUCAUGGAGGAGGUGAGAUCGGUCAAAGACCAAUGAUGGCUAGCAGAGGCUCGAAGUCCUCACGAUCCAUAUCUGCUAGCCAGACAAGGAGCUCAACGGGCUCUCACGAUGGCACAGACGAAAAGCAAACAAGUAGGCUGUCCUCGCCUUUUACUAUCAGUCGAGCUGUUAGCGGAUCAGGAUACUCCCCAAGAAAUGCUUACAGACGACCAACAUAUACGGACCUAGACGAUGAUUGGGAUGCAGCGAUUGACGAGGUUAACCUGAAGAACUCACGCAUAAAGCCUCCUCAACAAGACCAUUUAGCGAGUUUGAGCUCAGAGGAGCGUCGGUCUAGCUCUACAGGUGUCGUUGAUUCGCUCUACCCUGAAUUGACCAUGAGCUCUGGCGCUGGCACUUCGUUGCCAAAGGAGCUGAUGGACUCACAAGACAAAGAAAUGAAGAAUGAGAUUCAAAAGCUUAACUCCAUCCACACCAGAUUCAGUAAGUUCCAAAAGGUUCUUGUUGAGGAUAAUAGUGGUGUAAACAUGCGAGACCUCAGGAAAUUGGCCUGGAAUGGAAUCCCGUCGGAGCUUCGAGCUCUUUGUUGGCAAUUGCUCUUGGGAUACUUACCUACGAACAAAACAAGACAAAGCUCCACUCUCAGGAGAAAAAGACAGGAGUAUCUUGACGGUCUAAAGGAUGCAAAUGCUGGCUCAAUGUUUGAUGGAACGGUAACGCCGAGCAAUGAGUCCUCGGGCCUGUUGCCUGCCUCCAAUAAUAGAGACAACAGUUUGAACAAAGAAAAGCAACUUCAUCAUCAGAUCAAAAUUGAUGUCAAAAGGACCAAUCCAAGCAUUAAACUCUUUGGAUACGAUGCAACGCAGAGAUCACUUCGCAAAGUGUUAUACUUGUGGGCCAUUCGCCAUCCUGCCAGUGGUUAUGUGCAAGGUAUAAAUGACUUGUGCACCCCAUUUUACCAAAUCUUUUUAUCAAACUACAUUUGGCAGUUACAGCUUAAAAAAGCAUUUGAUGCCGGACAUGGUGAUGAUCCUAGCUCUCUCUUCAUUCCGGGCCUUAUAGACGAGACAGGAUCUGACACGUUCGAGAAUGAGAUUCUUCUGGAUCCACAAUUGCCCACGUACACAUGGGAGAAUUUUGAUAGUGGGAAGCUCUCGCCAAGAGUGACUGCAAUUAUAGAAGCUGAUACUUACUGGUGCCUUUCGAGACUUCUCGACAAUAUCACUGAUAAUUACAUUCAUGAACAGCCGGGAAUUAUAAGACAAGUCAAUGAUUUGAGGAAUCUCAUUUCGAAGAUUGAUGUGUCACUUCUUGAACAUCUCGAAAAUGAGGGAGUUGAAUUCAUUCAGUUCGCAUUUCGCUGGAUGAACUGCCUACUUAUGAGAGAACUCUCAAUAGGACUCAUUGUGAGGAUGUGGGAUACUUAUCUAAGCGAGACACCUCUCGGAUUCAACAACUUCCACGUGUAUGUCUGUGCAGCAUUUCUCAUUAAGUUUGCAAAUGAGCUUAAACAAAAAGACUUCCAGGAAAUACUUCUUUUUCUUCAAAACCCGCCUACAUCCAUCUGGACUGAGAAAGAUGUUGAAUUGAUGUUGAGCGAGGCCUUCAUUUGGCAAAGUCUUUACAAAAAUGCAACCGCUCACCUUCGGUGA